AUGGCGUCUACAAACACGCCGCGAGAGGCGUUGGAGGCCAUGGAGAAGCAGCUGCUGGCCGAGGGCUUUUCUAUGCAACAGACUUGGGCAAUGCGCCGGCAAAAGUUCUGGCACGCCAAGCUCAAGGGCAACCCGCUGCGACGGCAUCUGCUGCCAUCGGCACUCGCACCGAUCCUCUCUGGUGCCAUGCGGGUCGGCCAGCAAGUGGUGUCGGGGGCUCACUUUAACGACCGGGUCCACUUUUACUUGGCGCCGCUGGAGAUGCACAGUUCGGCAGUUGUGGAUCUUGCCGCCCUGCCUCCGGUCCUAGUCCUCUCUGGCUUCCGCAAGAAGAUCAUGAUCUCGCACAACAUGGAGAGCAGUGCUGUGGCAGCGCUCGGCACUGCCCUGGCCGCCGAGGGCAUCCAGAUUGGCGGCCGCGGCUUUGUGGAGAACAGCAAGACCGGGAUGUACGAGGGCUCAGUCCUCACUUCGUUUGAGCAUCGCGAGACUGCGCUGGAGAACGUUGUCGGCGUGGCAAACGCCAUCGUCGCCUCGGGAUACUCGCUUCUCACUGUUGCCGGCGAGUACGUUUUUGUUUUUCGCCAGUACCUGGCCGGCGUCGACCCCAUCCCACACCGCUACGUUGGCGUGGCUGGCUCUUCUGACCGGGUCUAUCUCUCAGCCAAUGCUCCGGAGCAGCUCAUCAACGAUGUCAUGAUGCGGGUCUCGUGCGGUCGCCACGUCCAGCGCGACAUUCAGCGCAACGCCGUUGGCGUCUUUACUGCCAAGCUCCGCGGCUACCCGUUUGUCAUGUGGAAAGGCCUUGUCCACUCGUCGCAGAAUCUGCUGGCCGCCCUCCAUGCCCAGAUCUCACAGACCGUCAUUUCAAUUGGCGACGACGACUACUUUGCCGCCAUCGCGCCGCUCGACGGCCAGCACGAUGUCGCGCUCGGUACUUCGGGCGGCAUGGUCACCAUCUCGCUCCUCAAGGAUUACUUUCGCAUCAUUCCUGAUGACGGCCAGCUCUUCUACGUUCUGCAGAGCGGGCUCGAGAGCUACGGCUACCGCUCGCAGCGCCGCUCCAUGUUUAAGCGCAACGCCUACAACGACCCGUACUUCUCCCACCCGCGUGCCAUCUUCAACGGCUUCCCGUUCAAGGGCAAGUAUGAUCUUGUCCACUCGGAAAUGGCCAUCGUCAACCUGCUGCGCGCCGAGGGCUUUCGCGUCGAGGCCAUCCACCAGACCCAGCACCUUGAGCGCCGGCCGAACCACUCGCGCAAUAACCACAGACAGGAGAACAGGACGACCGUCCGUGACCAGCUCAUCAUUGCUCGCUACGCUCCGCAUGCCGCCCACUCGGUCACCUCGACUAUGCCGCGCCAGCCGACAAUGAUAAUGGCACCAAUGCCGACACCACUAGCGUCGGCGCCGCCAGUUGGAAGCCCAUCGUCGUCCGGGCUUCCUCCUAACUGGGAGGCCAAGAUCGAUCCCGGCUCUGGCAAGAUGUACUAUGUUAACCACACCACCAAGGUGACCCAGUGGGAGCGCCCUGCGGCGCCUGCCUCGGCCUCCACGCCUGCGCCUGCGCCCGCCGCAGCAUCUCUCCCGCUGGACUGGGAGGCCAAGGUCGAUCCUACCUCGGGUAAGACCUACUACGUCAAUCACAAGACCAAGGUGACCCAGUGGGAGCGCCCUGCGGUGCCUGUUCCGGCCUCCACGCCCGCGUCCGCGCCCGCCGCAGCAUCUCUCCCGCUGGACUGGGAGGCCAAGGUCGAUCCUACCUCGGGUAAGACCUAUUUCGUCAAUCACAAGACCAAGGUCACCCAGUGGGAGCGCCCUGCGGUGCCUGUUCCGGCCUCCACGCCCGCGUCCGCGCCCGCCCCGGCGUCUCUCCCACUGGACUGGGAGGCCAAGGUCGAUCCUACUUCGGGCAAGACCUACUACGUCAAUCACAAGACCAAGGUGACCCAGUGGGAGCGCCCUGCCGCCCCCGGCACCACGGGCGCCGCCCCGCUUCCAUCAGGUUGGGAAGCCAAGAUUGAUCCGUCGAGCGGGCGUACCUUUUAUCUCAACCGCACCACCAAGGUGACGCAGUGGCAUCCCCCUCCCGGUGCAUCGGCGCCUGCCUCGGCUGCCGCACUCAGCGCCCCACCUGGUCGGUUCGUCAACCCGUACCAGAAACCAAACGCGCCGGCUCCACAUAAGCGGGCAGAACUUGGCGAGCUGUGGGAGCAGCUGGAGGUGCCAGCGGUUGAGCGGCGUGCCUUUGAGAAGCUGUGGUUGGUGGACGACUCGCCAGAGUCUGUGCGGGCCAUCACACACAUGGUCGAUUGGUUGGAAGACUUGAUGGGUGCUUCAUUGGCUGUCGAGCGGGCGGUGGAGGAUCGGGAGCGCGUCCUCGCUGCCUUUGGCCGCAUGGAGGCUGCUCUUGUCGCUGGCGAGUGGGAGGUUCAGCCGCAGUCGGCGGCCCGGGCCGAAGUGGGCGAGCUCGCCAACGAUCUGCGGUAUGCAACACUGGCGGUUGUUGAAGCCAUUGUGUUGUGGCGCCAGCACAUGUCGCGCCCAUUGCCUUUUGUCUGGCGUGGCGUUAACUACAUGGCCAAAAUGAGCUCAGACCUCCAUGCGCUCAUCCAUCUGCGGCUCGCGGCCUACCUCCCGUGUUUUGUCAUCGAGAAUCCGUUGCUAAUUCUGCCACAGACGCGAUACAGGUCGGGCGUCAAGCGAAGCCACCGCAAGUCGCUGCAGCGGCCGCAGACCGCGAGCGGCCGCUCGCCCAGCUCCGACCUGCGUCCGCGGCCGGGCGGAACCGCGCUUCCGGCUCGCCGCUCGGGCUCGGGCUCGGGCUCGCCACCAUACCGGUCGCUGAUCGAGUCGGAUGACGAGAGCGAGGCCGAGAGCGAGCAAGACGCUUUUGUGCGCCGGCUCAUUGCUGCAGAGCGCCUUAUCAAGGGCGAGCGCCGCAUUGUCGAGUCUGUCCGUCGCGAGCGCGAGGCCCUGCUCCAGCAAGGCCUAUACAUGCCAAUUGUGUGCAACCCGGACGACGAGCCGAUUGAGCUUGCCAGCCGAAGGGCCUACGACGACGACCCUGCGCUGGCGCGCAUUGACUUGGCGCUAGCGCGCGAGUGGAGCGAGGCGCAGGGCGAGUUUGCUCGUGCCCAGCACGAGGCCAUGGCUGCCACGCCGCUGCCGGGAAGCUCGCAGCCGAGCACACCGCGGCAUGCCUGCAGCGAUGAGGCGUCCGAGGCGUUGCCGCGGAACUUGUCACCUGUCCGCAUCGCCGAGCUCGGCUGCGAGUCAGACGGCGGCGACGAGACCCAUCUGGCGCCAUCGGUGGCAUCGAGUUCGGCACAGGGCACGUCGGACAUGUAUCUGGCCGGCGGCUCUGUUGCCGACGAUGGCAUGUCGGUUGAUGCGGCGUCGACAGUGGUGCAUCCGCCAGACUCGUCACAGUCGAGCGAGGCGUCACAUGCAGGGUCAAACGCUGGCGACGUUGACGUCGACGCACCGGCCAGCUCGCGCUCGCUCUCGUCAGUGCUCUCCGGCGAGGCGCGGGCGCGGGCAGUGGCGUAUGCGCGGCAGGAGUCGUUUGCGCAGCGUGAGCGUGCUGAGCGCAACCAGGCCGCGACCCACAUCCAAUCGACUUGGCGCGGCCAUCGCGACCGUCGUCGGGCGCUGGCGUUGCGCAAAAAGCACCGGCACCGUGCCGCGGUCAAGAUCCAGACCGAGUACCGGGCCCACGCAGCGAGGGUUCAGGCAAGUCAGCUCCGGCGCGAACGUGACGCCGCAACCAAAAUCCAAACCGAGUACCGGGCCCACGCAGCCCGGGUCAAGGCUGCCAACUUGCGACUGCUGCGGUCCAAAGAGGCGAAGCGCGCUGCGCGAGAGGCCCGUCGCAACGACGCCGCGACUCGAAUCCAAGCCGUCUAUCGCGGGCACGCCGACCGCCGCAAGUUCCUCAACAGGCGCGAGGUAGUCAAGCGCGAGCACUUCCGCGACAGUCAGCGGAGCGGCGGCGUUGGUGCGCUCAAGGCGCUCAUCCGCAGCUACAUGGCGCGGCAGGCGGUGCAGUCUCUGCACACCGAGCUCGCUGCGCGGCGGUCGGCGCAGCUCGAAAUUGUGGCCCUUCAACGCGAGGAAGACGCUCGGCAAGCUGCCAAGGCCACAGUCCGCGCUCAGCGCCAGGCUGCAAUGGACACACUCGUGCCGCAGAUCCAGGCGCUAGUCCGUGGCCACCUGGCACGAGUCACGUUUCGUCAGGUUCUUGCUGCGCGCAAGGCCGAGGCCAUUGCGCGUGCCGAGGCCAAGGCCAAGGUCAUUGCUGCGCGCGAGAAGGAACGACUGGCGGCAGAGCAUGCGCGGGCCGAGGCCGAGCGCGACCGGCGGCGGCUGGCCAAGGCCGAGGCCGAGGCCAAGGCCGAGAUUGCCGAGAUUGCCGAAGCGUCGGCGUCGGCGGCGACCCCGGCAGUGAUGGUCACCAAUCCAGGAGACACCAGCAUAGCCGCCGUGCCGGUUGUCAUUCCCGACCGGCCUAGCGAGGACAAACCGUUGCCAGUCGGUGACGGAGGAAGCGGAGCCAAGGACACUGCCGACGACACACUGGUUGUCCAGGUGGUCGAGGCCCGCAACUUGCCUGGGCGAACCAAGUCGGGCGGGAUCAACGCGUUUGCAGCGGUCUCGCUUGGUGACGACGUGCAGCAUACACUCUCGCGCGAGGAUGAGACCGAUCCGCAGUGGAAGGCUCUGUUUAAGUUUGCCAUCAACGCUGCGGAUCGGCCGCCGGACCGCUUCCUCAACAUUGCGGUGUACGACCACAAGGUCGGGCGUGACGGAAAGACACGGCGGCGGUCGCUGGGCAAGACCAAAGUGGCGCUCGCGGCGCUGGAGCUCGACCACGACACGGCGAUGUGGCUGCCGCUCACGGUGAGCGAGGGGGAUCGCCAGGCGACCAAGAAGCCGGAAAUGCUGGAGAUUGCCAUUUUUAACGGCCACGGCCUCCAGUCGUCCGACCCAUCGGCGCCCGACGGUGCGGUUCUCAUGGGCACGAUCGCCAUGCGGGUCGACUCGAUCACGCUCAACGCCCCGAUCAACGCACUGGUCAACCUCGACCACACAUCGUCAGGCGUCCUGCACCUCAAGAUCAAUGUGCAGGAGCCGGAGCACUUUUCGCAGCCGCAUGAGCUGGUCGUCAACCUAGUCGAGGCCACCAAGCUGGACCUCUGCGGUGCGCGCAGCGCUGCGGCUGUCUCGCCGUUUGCUGUUGUUCGCCUCGGCUCGACGCAGUACGUCUCGCGGAUGUGCCACUCGACGCUCAACCCCGCAUGGGACGACACCUUUGUGUUUGCCACCAAGCUCGAGGCUUUUGAGCAGCCGAUGAUCCACCUCGUGGUCCAAGUGCGGACGGCACAGGCCAAGGCUAGGGCCAAGGUCAAGGCGGCCUCCCAGACCAAAGCUCAAACGCCGGCCAAAGCCAAGGCCAAGGCCAAGGCCAAGACGCCAGCAAAGGCGACUGCGAGCGGGACGGGUGACAGAAAGGCCGUCAAGCGUACGGCCGACUCGAACAGGGGCUCGCUGACGCCCGGCCGCAAACAGGCCAAGGCCUUUGUGGUCGAGUCGCACGACUUGUACACAGACGAGCAGACCGGCGCUAAGCUCCUUGUCACACUCCGAAACAAGUCGGACGAGACAGCAUCGCUGAAGCGGGCGCGGCUGAAGAUCACCGCACUCUCAUCAGAGGACAAGACGCCGCUGCGCGCAAUCCUGCCCGUGGUGGUCAAGCACUUUUCCAAGCGCGACAUUGCGCCGGGUGACUGCCGGCGUCUGCGGCUCCCGUGGCCGAAGAGCAUCCCGCUCGGGCCGACGCAUGUUUCGCUCGACGCGUGAGGAGCGCCCUGUGGUCACAUGGUCCGCAUCUCCAUGUGUGUCCAGUCGGUGGUCGGAACCGAAUCUAGCUCCUCGUCGGGCUCGGGCACUGUGAGUGCCGAGUAGUAGCCAGAGCGAAAGCCCGAGGCUAUCGAGCCGCCAGGUUGCGGCUGGCGUCCUUGCGCGGGAGUGCUGCGGGUCGGCUCGGCUCCGGCCCGCUGUGCCAAUGUGGUAAAGGUGGCACCGCCAGCGA